GUGAUAGGUAUAAGUUGUAGAAUGAUGAACUAUGAAGAUCUCAUACAUUUUGUUAAUUUGUUUUUUGUUUCCUCAAUAGUAUACUAAGUAUUUAUAAUUCAUACUAUUUUUUUUAGGAUGUACUAUGGUUUGACCAUUCUUAAAUCAUUAUAGUUCAUUUUAAACUUCAAAAUUUUGCGUUAAUGAUUGAGAACUGGAAAAUAAAUCUUAAUUCAUUAAAUUAAUACUACGAUCAUUGUUCUAUAGUUGUAUUCAUUUCAAAGCAGUCAGUUAUAAUAUCUUAUUCAUAGUUUUUUCUGAUCGGCGAUUGUUACAAGCAUCUCAAUCUUUGUAUACAGUAUUUAAUUAACUUUAUAUAGGUUCAUAGAAGUAUAAAAUUAUACAAUAUUAUCAUCCAUAAACCAUAACUUAAUAAUACCAUUAAUUUGAACCGCUAUUUUUAAUUUACCAUUGACUAUUUGAUAUAUUAACAUCAAUAAUAUUAUUUAUUUUUUGAUUAUACUUAACUAUGGAGAGCAACCGAGAUGAGGCAUCUCGCUGCAUUGAUAUAGCUAGGUUAUACUUUAAAAAAAAGGAUUUGGAUAAUGCUUGGAAAUUUUCAGUUAAAGCUAACAAAAUGUAUCCAUCAUCUGAAACAAAACGUUUAAUAUCAGAAUUAAAAUCAUCAAUGAAAAACUCAAACCAACGGUCAAUGAAUCAAAAUCAAUCUGAUCAUUCUGACUCAUCUUAUAAUGGUGAUGAUUCCAAUUCAUCUUCCAGUACUGACUAUAAAACUAAAAAACAAACAAAAAGAUCAAGAAGAAGCCGCAGACCAAGUACUGUUUAUUCACAUAAGAUGUUUAAAGAGAUAAAUAAAGAUGAAUCUUUUAAGUGUCUUGAAAGAGCAGAGCAAUUCUUGAAAACUAAACAAUUUGAUUUAGCUGAAAAGUUUGUUCUCAAAUCAAAAAAGCUUUUUCCAAUACCUAGAGCUGAUGAACUCUUACAAGAAAUUCAAGAAAUUAAAGGUUCCAUUCAUCCUGAAUAUACAGAAGAACAGGCAAAUAUUGUCGAAAAAGUGAAAAAUAGUGAAAAUCACUAUACAAUGUUAAACAUUAAACGUACUGCAACUGUUCCUGAAAUAAAAAAAGCAUAUAAGAAAUUAGCUUUGUUAUUACAUCCAGAUAAGAAUUCUGCACCUGGUUCAGGAGAAGUUUUUAAAGAUGUUAGUAAUGCUGUUGACACAUUAUGUGAUAAUACAAAACGUCAAAUAUAUGAUCAAACUUUAAUAAAACCUAAACCUUCUACUUCUAGAACUACAAAUUAUCCUCAAAGUUCCUGCCGAUAUCAAUCUCCUUAUUACCAUACAAGAAAAAGAAAUACUUAUACUUCUUAUACAUUCUGUCGAAGUCCAUCAUUAAAAAGCUCUGACUUAGAUGACGAUGAUUGUGAUGUUUAUGAUGAUUAUGAUGAUUAUAUUAAUGCCCACAAUGAGUUCAAUGAGUUCAAUGGUUUUGAUUAUUAUGAAAUGUGAAUAUUAUAUUGAUUUUGAGAUUAAUUGAUAAUUUAUAUUAUAAUAAAUAAUUGUACAUAUAUUUUUUAUCUUUGAAGCUUAAUAUAAUUAUUUAAGUUUAUGGUAAAUAAGUAAGAAUAAGUAAUUAAUAUAUUGUUUUAGUUUUUCUGUUUAUAAAAUAGUAUAUACAAAUCUAUAUGAAUAUCAGUAUCAAUUUAGACAUUUGCAAAUAUUUUUUAUGUAAACUAAAACCUAAAUAAUAUAAAUGUGUAUAUUUUGUAAUUUAUAUACCGGUAAGUUGAGAUCCUUCAUUGAAAAAGUUAGGACAUGUUUUAUAAAAUUAAUAUGUAAAGAAGCUUUUUAAAUUAAUAAAAUAUGUAUUUAUUUUAAACAUAAAAAAAUAAGUAAAUAAAACAAGUGUGUAAUAUGA